AUGAAGACAACUCCAGACGAGCUACCGUCCGUUACCACGGCUGUUACUGACAUUGAUAAACAGAUGGAAAAUUGUUCCAACGAGCCAGAAAGUUCCGAAUCCCGAUCGUUUUCCAAAUUCAGGCGUGCCUCGUCCUUGAUUAGUUCCAGUCGCCACGUGCGUCGUCCGAUGAACGCAUUCAUUCUGUUCUCCAUGCGACAUCGGGGUGAGGUGCAUAGAUUGUAUCCGAACAAAGACAAUCGAGUGGCCAGUCAGAUUCUCGGAGAAUGGUGGUACAAAUUGAGCGCGGAAGAAAAGGCGGAAUAUCAAAAACUUGCACGCGAGUUAAAAGCGGCACAUUUUCGACACAAUCCGGACUGGAGAUGGUCCGCGAAAGAGCGUCGAAGAUCGGCCCCUUCGACUACCGGGAAUAGCACAUCUAGUGCGGACAUUAUUUGUCCCCGUAAAGUGCAUACCAACCUAAUGGAAUCUGCAGUUUCUCCAGUAUUGCUGCGAUUUGUACCGUGUCCUGCUUUGACCACGGUGGAUGCAACGGACGAUAACAACGAUUCGGAACAACAGACUACCGCUUCAGCAACCGAUUCCGACACGCCCCCGACUGGGCUAGAAUUGCUCGCCCAUGCAGUGGAAUAUUUACAGUCCCAUGAUUGGCCCACAUCCGGCGGACUAGACAGUCAAGAUCCUCGGCCAAGAUCCGAACCAGUCUGCUCGGUUGCGGAUCCCGUUCAUAUUAUCGACUUGGACGCAACAGACUUCUUCCCAUCCCCUGCUUCAACAACGGAAGCAACAGGAUCAGAGUCAAACUCCGCGAAUAACCCUUCCGCGUCGUCACAGACAGUUUCCGAACCCGUCAGUUCGGCCACCACCACCAUCUCCGCAUCCUGUCCUGCCACCACCAGUUCAUCUUCGUUGGUCAUCAGUUCUAAGUUGAAUCCGGCUAACUGUAGUGCUCGCGCGACCACUACUACUGCAGCCCCACCGCACGUAGUGACCUCGAUCCCCAGCGCUCCGCACUGUCAGCGUUCGUACUCACUUCCAGCUGUCUCAUCCGGUGCAACUAUGGAAUCGGACCAGAGGAAUAACGUCCAUGAAGAUUCUCAACGCUCGUCUAGUUCUUUGGAAAAACCGUCUUCGGAAAGGAAUCAGUAA